AGAUUGUGAAAAAAAUUCUUUCCUUCAAACUCACUUACAAUACACUACAGCCCUGCUAUCUCUCCUGCUGCUGCUGCUGCAAACUGCCUGCUAAGAACCUGACACAGUACCAUAAGGGAGGAUUUUGCAUACUAAAGGUGGAAGGCUGGGAAACAUCAGAAAGCUGCUGAAGAAAUCAUUAUUAAGAAGACUGUCAACAAAUUCUCCUAUCAAACAAGAGACCAACAUAAAGUUUUCUGCCAGGUGUAUGGGACAUAGAUUAUUCAAAUACUGCACUGAACUUUUAAAGGUAAACUAUGACCACUUUAUUACUAGUGUUCGUGUGUUUGCGGGUCAUCGCUGCAGCAAUAUCAGUGGAGGUUUCAGACCAUGCUAACACACUGAGUGUUAGUAUACCCUCGGAGGUUCCACUGAACGUCCAGCUUGGACACUCAAUUAUCAUCCCAUGUUACUUCAUCAAUGCUUUGGAACAUGUGACUGUGGUUCCCUCAACAGCACCUUUAACACCCAGAAUCAAGUGGAGCAGACACAACAAGGGACGUGAGACUGUUCUGCUGGUAGCCACUGAUGGCAAAAUCCGCCUGAAUGAUGCCUACAAGGAUCGCAUUUCUUUACCAAACUAUCCUUUCAUUGAUACUGAUGUCAGUUUGGAAAUUGCAAACCUUUUGUCCAGUGAUUCAGGGAUCUAUCGCUGCGAAGUUAUGCAUGGAAUUGAGGACAGCCAAGACACAGUACAGGUCAAUGUGAAAGGAAUCGUUUUCCACUACAGAGCAAUCUCCACCAGAUACACCUUGGACUUUGAGAAUGCCAAAAAAGCUUGCAUUCAGAACAGUGCAACCAUUGCUUCCCCGGAACAGCUUCAAUCUGCGUACGAUGAUGGGUAUCACCAAUGUGAUGCUGGAUGGCUUUCUGAUCAGACAGUACGUUAUCCAAUCCAUGAUCCACGUGAACCAUGCUAUGGUGACAAGGACAUAUUCCCUGGUGUUAGAACAUAUGGUAUUCGAGAAACUGAUGAAACUUAUGAUGUAUAUUGCUAUGCCGAAGAUAUGCAAGGUGAAGUGUUUUAUGCAACAUCUCCUGACAAAUUUACUUUCCAAGAGGCAGAAAAACAAUGCCAAACCCUUGGAGCCAGAUUGGCCACCACAGGACAGCUCUAUCUGGCUUGGCAGACUGGCAUGGAUGUGUGCAGUGCUGGUUGGCUGGCAGAUCGCAGUGUUAGGUACCCAAUAUCCAUUGCUCGCCCCAACUGUGGUGGAAAUUUAGUUGGAGUCAGAACUGUUUAUCUCUACCCUAACCAGACUGGAUAUCCAGAUCCAUUAUCCCGCUAUGAUGCUAUCUGCUACAGAGAUGAACCUGAGAACAUUACUAUUCAAACUGUGACCCAGCCUGGUCUGGAGCUCAUCUUACAGCAGAAUGCUACUGAAGAGGAAGCCCGUGGCAGUAUUGCUACUCUGGAAGGGAUAGACUUCACCCUCACACCUUCUGAAGAUGGCUUCACAGCAACUCCAGAAUUCCUAGUAACAUCAUUAAGUCCAGAAAAUAUGACAGAAGAUGGGUUUCAGCUUUGGCUUGAAAAUAUCACCGAUGUUCCCUCCAUCGAAGCUACAGGCACAGCAGAGGAGGAAAUAAUACCAGUUACCGUUGCUUUUGAUGCCGUUCAGCAAGGAAAACCUAUAUCCGAGACUGGUGUUGUGUUCCAUUACCGGGCUGGAUCCAGUCGAUACUCCUUAAACUACACUCAGGCAAAGCAAGCAUGUCAGGACAAUCAUGCCGUCAUUGUCACCCCUGCUCAGCUCCAGGCUGCCUAUGAAGCUGGAUUCGAUCAGUGUGAUGCUGGAUGGGUAUCAGAUCAAACUGUCAGAUACCCAAUUGUUACUCCUAGAGAGAACUGCCAUGGAGAUAGGAACGGCUUUCCUGGGGUUAGGAACUAUGGAGUGGUCAAUCCAGAAGAAAAGUAUGAUGUGUACUGUUAUAUAGACAAGCUCAGAGGUGACGUGUUCUUCGCAACCCAACCAGAUCAGUUCACUUUCCAAGAGGCAGUGGAGUUUUGCGAAAGCAAGAAUGCCACAUUAGCCUCCACUGGACAGCUCUAUGCUGCCUGGAAGCUGGGACUGGACAAGUGCAGAGCAGGCUGGCUAUCUGAUGGUAGCAUCCGUUACCCUAUUGUGUCACCACGUCGAGUUUGUGGGGGUGAUAAACCUGGAGUGCGGACAGUCUAUGUCCAUCCAAACCAAACAGGAUUCCCUGAUGCCUUGUCCAAACACCAUGCCUUUUGUUUUAGAGCUGCUCCAUUUGUAGAAGAAGAAGUUACACCAUCAAUUGAAGAAGAAAUUUUUGUAACUCAGGUACUUCCUCAUUUGGAGGGAUUACCUUCUGGGGAAGAGACUACUGUGGAAACGGUGAUUGCCACUGAAUUUGAGAAUGAGACAGACUUCUGGCUGGCAAAUGUCACUGCCCUUCCAACUGUUGAAUUAUUAGAGACAGUGAGCCCUUCAGCGAUUCCUCCUGUGAGUUUACUCCCAGAAGAUGUAAGUGGAGAUGCAUCUGUAGGAGUCAGUGGUGUUAGCGGCAUUCCAUCUGGCGAACCCAGUGGAGAGAUCUCUGGAAUUUGUGAAACAAGUGGGGACCUCUCUGGUACAAGUGGAUUGUCAUCAGGAGUUGGAAUUUGUGGAGAGCCAUCAGGAAGCGGUUUUCCAUCUGGUUUAGAUAUUUCUGGAGAAACCAGUGCGAGUGGACUUCCAUCAGGAGAGGUUUCAGGUGAAUUGCCAUCAGGUGAAAUGAGUGGUUUGCCUUCUGGGUUACCUUCUGGAGAUGAAAGUAUAUCCGGAUCAGCUUCUGGAGACCUAGAUAUUAGUGGACUGCAUUCCGGAAUAACAUUCAUUAGUGGGGAGACAUCUGGAGCUGACUUUGUAAGUGGUUUUGGAGAUAUUAGUGAACUGCUUUCUGGUAGUGGAGAUGUCAGUGGACUACCAUCUGGCUUUGAAUUUAUCAGUGGACUGCCUUCCGGUAGUGGAGAUGUCAGUGGACUGCCAUCUGGUUUUGAAUAUAUCAGUGGUCUGCCUUCUGGUAGUGGAGAUGUCAGUGGACUGCCUCCUGGUUUCCCUACAAUCAUACAUGUGGAGACAACUUGGAUUGAAGGUGUAACAAAAACACCAGAAACUGAAGCAGAAGGGAAAGGAUUAACUGAGAUUAGUGCAUCGGGAGAGCUAUCUGGAUUACCAUCCAGUGAUUUUAGUGGUGAACCUUCUGGAUUAGAUAGUAGUGGCCUACCCUCUGGAUUUUUUGAUGUGAGUGGAGAUGUUUCAGGUGUGGAUGUUAGUGGCUUUCCAUCUGGAAUCCCAGAACAUAGUGGAGACCUGUCAGGGUUUCCUGAACUUAGUGGGGAUAUUUCUGGUGAUAGUGGGGAAUCAUCUGGAAUAAUCGAUAUUAGUGGUGAAGUAUCUGGAGUAAUUGAUAUCAGUGGUGAUUUCUCUGGAGUAAGUGAUUUUAGUGGCGAUCUAUCUGGAAUAUUAGAUGUUAGUGGUGAUUUUUCUGGCAUAAGUGGUGAAUCUUCAGGUCUCGUUGACAUAAGUGGUGAAUCUUCUGGAGCUGUUGAUAUAAGUGGACAACCAUCUGGUGUGAGUUCUGGUAUUUUUGAUGAAAGUGGUGAACCAUCUGGUGUUACGCUCAUAGAUGAAAGCUUAACAGAACUUUUUAGACCAUCAGAAAAGGAGGAGGAAGGAAAGGGGUCUGUAGAAACAAGUGGUAUUUUUUCAGGUGAUUUUUCUGGUGAAUUAUCUGGGAUUUCUGGUGUUAGUGGUGAGCCCUCAGGUUUUAUAGAUACCAGUGGCUUUGUCUCUGGAGACGUUCCCAGUGGUGAAGUAGAUAUCAGUGGACUGUCAAGUGGUGUUAUUGAUUUAAGUGGGGAAACUUCUGCAAUUGACUUUGUAAGUGGUUUACCUUCUGGCAUUGAUGAUAUAAGUGGACUCACAUCUGGUAUCCCUACAAUAUCUCAUUUAGAUUUCCCUAUAAUAGAGGCCCCGACAACAGGACCUGUUACAGAAGAGGCAGGUCAGGGUCCAUCAGGAAUAUUUGAGAUUAGUGGAUUUUCUUCAGGAGAAUCAUCUGGAAUUAUUGAUUUAAGUGGAAUGCCAUCUGCCACACAAGAAAGUGGAGAUGUUUCUGGCAUCUUUACUUCAGGCAUCCCUGACAUUAAGCUUAUUACUGAUGAAUUAAUUGAAGCUGUGACCAAACCAACAGUUUCACAAGAGUUAGGUGGUAUAACCUAUCCAUAUUUUAUCGAAACCUCAGCAUCUGGGGAUAUUAGUGGUGAGGCACCUCUCACUAUUCCUGAAAUCAGUGGAGAUCCAUCUGGAAUACCUUUAACUAGUGGUUAUCCUGACAGAGAAGGAAGUACAGAAUCCAGUGCUGACAUUUCUGGGCAUCAGACUGUUCCUACUCAAGAUUUGUCAGGGGAAACAUCUGUACCUGAAAUCAUUAUUAGCACUUCAGAACCAGAAUCUGAAUUAAAACUUGUCUCAAAAGAACCGGAGGAAGCAAAAAAAGACACAGAGCUAUCUGCUUCUGCAUCUGGAGACGUUGCAGAUGACACCAUACCGACAUCAUUACCCUUGAUAGAAGUUGCACCUCAAGUUUUUCCUGAGACAACUGAAAUUGAAGGAAUUAUUGGAUCAUGUGCUGAUAUCGAAUGUGGGUCUGGAACGUGUGUAGAAAAAGAAGGGCGAGUUCACUGUCUGUGCCCACCAGGGUAUGGAGGCGACAACUGUGCUAUAGAUCUUGAAAUGUGUGAUGAAGGGUGGACCAAAUUCCAAGGACAUUGCUACCAGCACUUUUCUGAGAGAGAAACCUGGGUGGAUGCAGAGAAUCAAUGUAGAAGCCACCAGUCCCACCUAUCUAGCAUCCUGUCACCUGAGGAACAAGAGUUUGUGAAUGGCAAUGCACAAGACUAUCAGUGGAUUGGACUUAAUGAUAAAACUCUUGAGAAUGAUUUCCGAUGGUCAGAUGGCAAUCCUUUGCAAUAUGAAAACUGGAGGCCAAACCAGCCAGAUAACUUCUUUGCCACAGGAGAAGAUUGUGUGGUGAUGAUCUGGCAUGAGAAGGGAGAAUGGAAUGAUGUGCCCUGCAACUACCACCUGCCAUUCACAUGCAAGAAGGGAACAGUGGCAUGUAGUGACCCUCCAGUGGUUGAGAAUGCAUAUACAUUAGGAAGAAAGAAAGACCGGUAUGAAAUUAGCUCAUUAGUUCGAUACCAGUGCAACCAAGGAUUCCUACAGCGCCAUGUUCCUAUAAUUCGGUGCCUACCAACUGGGCAGUGGGAAGAGCCAAGAAUACAGUGCAUAGACACUUCCACUUACAGACACAAGAGAAGCUCCAGACGUCGAUCGAAAUCCAUUGGCAGAAAUGCACAGAAAUCAGCCCAAGAAAAAUAAACACAAAAGACCAAAACAUUAUUGUAAAGAACAUUUAUAUUAACAAUGUCAAUUUAAUUUUGUUUUGUCAUGUAAGGAGUUUAUAUUGAAGAAACCCAGGCUGUAUAUAUAAAAAAAAGCACCAAAGCAAA